UCUCGGUGUUUUCUCCUACGUGUUACCGGCUGUUGAACAUUACUGGGCGGAAUUCUUAGCUCGAACACUGUCAAGAGCUUCAGAGUUCCUCCGCCGGCAUCUAUGGCGCCGGCGUUGUCCAGGGUCCGGCAAUUCAUGUCCCAUAGUCCGGCUCUACGUUAUACUGCCGCCUCCCAAGCUCAAGACUGCGGCGCUGAAGUACUUCCGAUGGCGUCCACUUCAAUAGCUCUGCCACGGCGGUUCCCGAUAAUGCGCCAUUUUUCAACAAAGCAUGGUUCAUCUGAUCGAAAAAGUGAACCUUCUUCUUCUUUUCCAUUGGAUAGAGACGCAAACUUUCAUCCUGAGAACCGUGACGGAAGUUUCUCUACUGAGAAAGACUUUAAGCCGGCUUGUGGCAUGGGGAGUUCUAGGGCGGGUUUGAGGCAAAAUGUGGAAGAACUUUGCAGAAUCCUCGAUCGCAGCCCGCUGGGAUCUGAAUCCGAGGGCGCUCUUUUAGCAAUCGAUCCUAAACCUAGCCCAGAAUUUGUCAUUGGGGUUUUAAAAAGGCUACAUAAUUUUUCUUCGGCAAUGAAUUAUUUUAGAUGGUCAGAGAAAGUUAAUGGAGAACCACAUAGCGUGGAGGUUUAUAAUUCGCUUCUUUUAUCUAUGGCCAGCCAUAGAAAUUAUGAAUUUUUGGAGAAGAUUUUGGAGGAGAUGAGCCUCCUUGGAUUUGGGCCAUCACCAAACGCUUGCUUGGAGCUUGUGGCUAAUUUAAUGAAGGCUGGAAAGCUCAGGGAAGGUGUGGAUGUGAUUGAGAAAAUGCGGAAGUAUAAAUUCCGUCCAGCUUUUUCAGCAUACGUAUCUUUGAUCAUUUCCCUUGCUGAUGCUCGUGAAGCUGAUUUGGCUCUUGGUUUAUUUCAUCAAAUGCAGGAGAUGGGCCAUGAAGUGAAUGUUCCAUUGUUUACUACUUUGGUUCGGGUCUGUGCGAGGGAUGGCCGGCUCGAUACAGCUCUGUCAUUACUGGAUGAAAUGAAGAGCCACUCAUUUGAUGCAGAUAUUGUUCUGUAUAAUGUCUGUAUUGACUGCUUUGGCAAGGAAGGGAAGAUAGAGAUGGCAUGGAAGUUCCUCCAUGAGAUGAAGGCCCAAGGAAUUGAGCCAGACGAUGUCACUUAUACUAGCAUGCUUGGUGUUCUUUGCAAGGCAAAUAGGCUAAAUGAAGCAAUUGAAUUGUUUGAGCAAAUGGAGCUUGGGAGAAAAGUUCCAUGUGCAUAUGCUUAUAACACAAUGAUAUUGGGCUAUGGCUCAGUGGGAAGGUUUGAUGAGGCUUAUCAAUUACUGGAGCGGCUGAGAGAGAAGGGAUGUAUUCCUAGUGUUGUUUCUUAUAAUUCCAUCCUAACAUGCCUUAAGAAAAAGAGGAUGGCUGAUGAGGCUCUGAGGGUAUUUGAUGAAAUGAAGAAAGAUGCAGAGCCCAAUGUCCCUACGUAUAAUCUCAUGAUUGACAUACUUUGCAUGGCAGGAAAAGUUGAGGAUGCUUUUAAAGUUCGGGAAAUCAUGGAAGAUACUGGAUUGUUUCCUAAUAUUCUUACUGUGAAUUUAUUGGUUGAUAGGUUAUGUAAAGUUCAGAGACUUGAUGAGGCCUUCCACAUAUUUGAAAGUGCAAGACAAAAGGGUUGCGGUCCGGACAGUGUUACAUAUUGUUCUCUGAUUGAUGGCUUGGGAAGGAAUGGCAGGGUUGAAGAGGCAUAUGGCUUUUUUGAGAAGAUGCUAGAUGCAGGGCAUAUCCCAAAUGUUGUUGUCUAUACUUCCCUUAUUAAGAACUUCUUCAAGCAUGGGAGGAAGGAAGACGGCCAUAAGAUAUACAAGGAGAUGAGGCGCAGAGGCUGUCGGCCUGAUCUCACCCUUUUGAACACUUACAUGGAUUGUGUUUUUAAAGCAGGCGAAUCCUUAAAAGGAAGACAGUUAUUUGAAGAGAUACAAGCUUGUGGAUUGUUCCCUGAUGUGACAAGCUAUUCUAUAUUGAUAAGUGGUCUUACAAAAGCUGGUCAUGCACGGGAGACAUACAAGUUGUUUUAUGACAUGAAGGAACGUGGCCUUAAGCUGGACACUCUAGCUUAUAACACUGUCAUUGAUGGGUUCUGUAAGUCUGGUAAGGUUGAUAAAGCUUAUCAACUUCUCGAGGAGAUGAAAGAGAAGGGUAGUUCUCCAACUGAAGUUACCUAUGGAUCUGUUAUUGAUGGGCUUGCGAAGAUUGAUAGGCUCGAUGAGGCUUAUAUGCUAUUUGAAGAAGCAAAAUCAAAGGGACUGAAGGUAAAUGUUAUUAUGUAUAGCAGUCUUAUUGAUGGCUUCGGAAAGGUAGGAAGGAUUGAUGAAGCAUAUCUAAUCAUGGAAGAGAUGAUGCAAACAGGGUUAACUCCGAAUGUGUACACAUGGAAUUGUUUGCUUGAUGCUCUUAUGAAAGCGGAGGAGGUUAAUGAAGCGCUCGUCUGCUUUCAGUCGAUGAAGGAUAUGAAAUGUGCGCCGAACACCUUCACCUAUAGUAUCCUUAUAAAUGGUCUUUGCAGAGUGCAGAAAUACAACAAAGCAUUCGUUUUUUGGCAAGAAAUGCAGAAGAAGGGGCUUAUUCCUAGUGUAGUCACCUAUACAACCAUGAUGUCAGGGCUCGCAAAGGUGGGGAACAUAACAGAAGCUGGAAAGCUUUUUGAGAAGUUUAAGGCAAAUGGAGGUGUGCCAGACUCUGUUUGUUAUAACACUCUUAUUGAAGGCAUGAGCAAUGCUAAUAGGGCAAUGGAAGCUUAUAGGGUUUUUGAUGAAACUAGGCUAAGGGGCUGCAAGAUAAAUGCCAAGACUUGUAUUGUUCUUCUUGAUGCAUUGCACAAGGCUGAGUGCCUUGAACAGGCUGCAAUUGUGGGUGCUGUCCUGAGAGAGAUGGCAAAAUCCCAGCAUGCUUCUCGAUCAUUGUAGCAUUUGGUGAUCAUAUGGAACAAACUCUGCAACAUUUAACUCAUAAGGGAAUUGGAUUUGGUGGAUGAAUCUGCUCCUGUGCUUUAUAAACUCGGCUAGUAAUCUUUCUAAGACAAGUCUGCAGUUGCUCUUUAUGGAGGAACUGUAUCACAGAUUUUUAGUGAAGGAAAGUUUAUGGUUGGCACAGGAAAAGGUUGAUCUGAUACUGAAGUUAAUAUGAGGUAUCCCCAGCUCAAAGCUCACAUUGAUUUAUUCGUUGAGAGCUUUGACUACCAACUAAAAGGUCUUGGGCUCGAAGCUUGCAUAUGCGAGAACACUGCCGUUGCUAGGUCCGAAGUCAUGGGAUGAGAUUGUGUGCUUCAACCUCUCAUCAAAUUCUACAAUUGGCAGAGCUUUAUGCGGCAUGAAACUUCUACAGGAGGAACAUCAGAAGCUACAGAAUUUGCAAAGACUUUCAUAUCGAGCAAGAUUUUGUGAAGGAAGAAAACAUGAAGUUGGUGGCGUUUUAGUACUUUGUUCAUGUUUUGAAAGGAGAAGAGCCAUCACAAUUGAAUCGAUUUAUGCAUCAUUCUAGAGGAAGGAAAAAAAAAAAAAAAAAACCCCCAUUGGUGCUCUGCCUCUGCUUGGUUUUCGAGGAGUUCAAAGAGGAAAUGAAAUGGAAAUGGAGGAUUUGGCUUUAAUUUGUUUGGUUGAGGAGAAAAAAAUGUUUUUUUUUUCUUUUAAGAUUGAUGAGAAAUUUAUUUAUUUAUUUCUUUAUUGGACAUCCUUCUUUUUAAAAUGAAAAUGAUGUUGAGAAA